AUGGAAAUUUUCUAUCUCUUUUCGGCGCUGACCACAUUCGGCAUACUUACAGCGCUUAGGAGUAUAUGGGGACUUAACGCUGACCGGUACGCAGCAUAUGGAUGCGUUUGCUCUGCAUGGGUCAUUGUUAUCGUUAACGUCUUCCUGCUCAAGUCAUUCGCUCUAGGAAAAGGUAAUGAAACCGUUACUCUAUACUUUUGGAUGCUAAUUGCUGCCAACUGUGUUGCAGGCAUUGAUGACAUGUUCAUGUUCACAGUUGCUUCUGAUGACGUUUCCUCUUACGAUCUGGGCGCAUCAUUCACCGGUAUUGUAGUCGGUCUAUUCCACUGGUGCGCAUUGAUAAUACUUAAGAAACGAAAAAUGGAUGUGAACUAUUGGCUUAUUUUCUAUCAACUCUUUGCGAUAUUGACCCUUUCCCUGUGUACUGCCGCCAUUUGGACCUGGUACACCUUUCAAGGGGGGUUGCUAGACAAAAUCACGAAGAAAGAAGCAUCACAGGGAACUGGUAAAGGGGGUGUAGACUCCGAAAAGGAUCAAACUUUCUUGCAGGCUUAUUGGGCGACGUUCGCCAUGACCGCUAUGAGCUCUAUGGGUUAUGGGUUUAUAUACGUCAUAUAUCCUCUUAUAUCGCCGUUUGAAAUGGUAGAAUUUGAGCAUCAGCACCCGAUACAAACUGCUUGUCUGGUUAUACACGCGGUCUCGGGAAUCCUGGUAUGCAUUCUAGACAAGUACUGUGAAUUGGGGAAGAAGUGGGCGGGGUCUCGCGCGUAUUACCAUUUCAUAUGGCUUCUUGCCAUACCGUUUCUAGGAAUUGGAUUCAUGUUUAUACGUGUUAUGCAUUAUCCAAAGUCACUUAUCGCAAAAGGCGUACGCAUGAAACCCGUGCUCGUAGGGUUUCUCACCGUGAUAUAUUAUUUUUCAGGGCGUUUCUUCAUCGGAGCUGCAUGUGCGGCUAUAGAUGGAAAUGCUAAAAAAGGUGAUUCUGAAGCAUCUGAUGUCAAGAAAUCUGAUUGUGAAAACUCCGCUGCUACAGGUUCUCCUGGCGGCACCCAAGCUGACUCAAAUGCCUCAGCUGCCCAAGAUGCUAAAAAAUCUGACCAUGCAUCAACAAUCUCGAGUAUGAACCUGGCGCUGAAUCUGCUGGUGCUCAACAUUAUUAAGUACAUAUCAGAAGCGUAUAUUGAGCAUUUCAGAGAAGUAAGGGAAGAAUACGAGUAUGGUGAGCCGUGGCCAACGGAGGGAAUGGGAGAACGCGAAGCAUUCUUUUACUGGCUUAAGCAAGGUGCUGUGCUUGGGUUCAAGAAUUUCAGGAAAUUGGCCGUUCAAAAUAUCAAGGCAAAGCUCUCACCGUAUAUCGCCCAAUAA